AUGUUGAGAUCAUUACUCGGGGUUCAAAGUAUACGCAGUAUUGCGAGACAAACUAUAACUAAACCAAUCCUUCCAGUUUCAUUUUCUUUUAUAAAUAGACAAUUUUCCUCAUCACCAAUAGCAUACAGAAUUAAUACAUCCACAAGAACCAAAGAGAAUGUUCAUGAUUUAGAAACUUUCUUAACAUUGAUUGGUCGUAACUGCAUUGAACAUAAAGAAUUAUUCGAAAAUGAUUUAGAAACGUUUUUGGCCACGACAUCCAAAAAAAUGAAAAAUAUGGGUAUUGAUACACGUACUAGAAGAUACUUGUUAAGAUGGAAGCAUAAAUUCGUGAAUGACUUAGAACCAUUGAGAGAACAUAAAAGAGGAGUAAAGAAGAAUGGAGGUGAAAGAAAGGCUAAAGCGGUAUUGGCUAGAAAGAAGGCUCUUGCAAGAAGGGAAGCUCUUGAAAAUGCUGGUGAAGAAACUGAAGACAGAAUAUUCUAG